AUGAGGGGAACACGGCAGUUAUGACGAAAGCUAGACCGUUAACUCUUUUUUCUAAUGUCCGCUCGUAUUAAUAUGUACAUUAUAUUACCUUUAGUAUAAGUUGAUUUUAUUGUUAGAAAUAAUAACGUUGUUUAAAAUCCCGACCAAAGUCGCGGCUGGAGCUGAUCACCGAUCUUCAAUGACAUCUUUGUUCAGCAGCAGGCCACUGUUCGCCACUAUGUGUUAAUUCAGCGUUGUUUCCGGUAGAUAAUACACAGAGACCCUCUGUUCUGUCGGCUGCCUCGCAUGCUCGCAUCCUCCAUCGGUCGGCUUCGUAUGAGCCGUUGGGAGACAGCGACGUAGGGUUGGAGGCUCCGCCAGCGGAGCCAGACUUUAUGAUGGGGAUGCCCAAGGGUGGACGUCUGUUCCUGGCGACGUGCCUCUGCUCGUUCUUUGUCCUUGUUCUUUACUUCCAGAGCAUCACCAAACCAGAACCAUCUCUGAAGACUGGCAACAGACCAGGGAAGAGUAGAAGAAGUCCUCUGCAGACCCUUUAUAAAGGAGACCAGCUGGGGCUGUCUGGAGCUCAGAAGUCCCUCCAAGGCCGCCGGGAGGUGUUGGAGCAGGCAUGUCUGAGCCACACGAAGAAGCGCCGCGUGCUCUCGCCAGAGGACCUCAAACACCUCAUUGUGGACGAUAAACACGGCCUUAUUUACUGCUACGUACCUAAGGUAGCCUGCACCAACUGGAAGCGUGUGCUAAUGGUCCUUACCGGUAACGGCCGCUACACCGACCCUCUUGCCAUCCCUGCCAACGAGGCCCAUGUGGCAGGUAACCUCCACACACUCUCUGAGUUCUCGGUGACGGAGAUAAACCAGCGCCUUCGCAGCUACCUCAAAUUUAUUUUUGUGCGGGAGCCCUUUGAACGCCUUGUGUCAGCCUACCGCAACAAGUUCACACGUAGCUACAACACUGCCUUCCACAAGCGCUAUGGAACCAAGAUCAUCCGCCGGCACCGGCUGAACCCCGAGGCCGAAGCCAUGGAGAAAGGAAACAACGUGUCCUUCCGAGAGUUCGUCCAGUAUCUCGUAGACCCGCGAACGCAGCGGGAGGAGCCAUUUAAUGAGCACUGGGAGCGGGUGCACUCCCUGUGCCACCCCUGUCUGAUCCACUACGACGUGGUGGGGAAGUAUGAAACUCUGGAGCCCGAUGCUCAGGCCGUGCUAAGGUUAGCAGCCGUGGAGGGAAAAGUUCAAUUCCCAACAUCUAGCAAGAGCACCAGGACCGACGGCAACAUGGCAGCACGCUUCUUUCAGUACAUCAGCCCUUUCUAUCAGAAAAAACUCUUCAACCUGUAUCGCAUGGACUUCUUACUAUUUAAUUACUCCACACCGGAGUAUCUGAGGACGCGAUGACCAGCGGAGACCAGAGGAUCACACUUUCCAUCCAGACUUUUAAGUGGUUAUUAGUUUGCACUUUUUGGAUUCUGUUGAAAUGACAUGAAAAUUCCUACCAGUUGGGAGAAACUAACUCUGAUCUUCUUCUCAGAGAGAUGGUUGUUUUUGAAAUGUUCCCCGUUCCAUCAGUACCAACAGACUCAUGUAGGUGAAUCACAAACUUUUACAAACAAUAUCUUUUUUUCCAUUUUCUGACCUGGAUUUUAUGUGAUCAAACAUGAUAAAGGUUUGCUUAGACUCCAGUUGAUGUUGAGCUGGUAAGAAGUGCCUCACCAUCAUUCCUGCUGUGCCCACUACAAUUAUAUCCUGUUAUUGCUUUUUGUUUUGUUGAAAAUGAAUGAGCCAUAACUGAAGGUCUGUGCUCAGAGGAGCGGGUUCUCCUCUCGCUGGCCAUUGUGCUGACUGUGAAGUUUUCCUCACAGGAUUGUUUCCGAGCACCUAUGGAAAGCCUUUAUUUAUGUACGUAUGUCAGCACAGAGUAUUUAUUGUUGUAUGAAGCGAGGUGUGGAACCUAAGUGAAAAUAAUUUAAAUGAACGGACAAGAGGGUUUCUUUUUAAGAAGUGAUAUUUAAGCCCACAGAGACGUUUUUGCUGCAUGGCUUUAUCAAAAUGUUAGAAACUGGAUUAAGAAAUGAUCUUAAUUUCCGUCUAAUAUCAGCAUCUGGUAGUCCUCUUAAUUUCAGUUAAAGCUAACUAUCCAGCGUCUUUCGAUGCCUGUAUUUAGCUCUGGGCCAGUAGGCUGAACAAACAACCACAUAGCUGUGGUUGUAGCUGGGCCCGGCCCGGCAGUACCCCAGUCAGAGCUGCCGUUGUUAAUGGAAACGUCGGCAGAUGAAGAGUUAAAUCCACCUACAGCCAUCUGCACUGCGGCACCUUGUUCAGCAAAUGUGUUGGAAUUUCUAGAGGGAUAAUUUGGAACCUACUAUGGGAAAAGGCUUAUUAAUGGAGUUUACUGUCUUCUGUCCAAAAGAGGAACAUUUUACACAUCCAUGGCUUGUUCUCGGUCUGCAGGUUGGGUUUUACUGCACAUUAAAAAAAGAAAAAAGUACAGUUAUCAUUAUACCAGGAAGCACAGCAUUCAGUACUUUUUAGUUUGUCAUUAAGUUGCAUUGUGGGUAUUGUAGGCUCAAAACACUGUACCAUAAAGAUGGUUCUUCAACUGAGAUUUUUGUUCUUUCUUACUUUACUUCAGCUGCUGAACUACAGACAUCUAAAAAUAAAUCCCCAGAGGGAAAAAUCAGAAAGCUUUAGGAAUUUAUUUAAAGUAGGAAAAUGAUUGAAAACCAAUUUCUCUUCACAGUUACUUUAAUUAACUGGAAAAGUACUGUUAUUUUUGUAUGAUCAGAUUAAAAAGCCGUUUAUAUGCUGAAAGGUGUCUAGAAUGCAGAAAAUACUAAAGCAAAAACAUUGCUGUUUUUGUGGCCUAUUGUAGCAAUAUGGAGGUUGCCAUAACAGGAAGUGAGGACUUUUGUUUUGCCACUAAAGCGGUUCUAGAUCCAGCUCUCAGCUAGUGCUACAGACAGCACAGAACAGUUUUCUAGAAGAGAAUCAGAGUACAGGAAGACACUUUCUGUACCAACUGCUAUGUGUCUCCUUAUCCCUUCAAACAAAUGUCCUGCAUCAGGAGUCUGGUUUCUAAAUGCUGUUUGAAACAACAGUCAGUGUGUGUGAAUGGUUCAUACAUUGCUGACUGGUGUUUCAGAUCCUCUGAUCAGGGUUUCUGAGCAAUGCAGCAGACACGGGUCACUUUCUGUUUCAAAUAUGAGUUAUAAAAACCAGCUGACCUUUUAAAAAAGACAUAACCUUGUUUGUGAAAGUCAGCUGAAGGUGGCAGUACCCCACAUUCAUUAGCCCUGCAUUAAAACAAUCAGCAAGAUCAACAGUAAGCUCAUGUUUUAUUAAUUAGAUGUUUUCAUUGUCAGGUUUUAAAUUAGGCAGAUUAAUAGUUAAACAAUGGACCAAUAUUGUAACGGGGCGUGGGUCUCUAUGAGCUCCUGGUAAAAGCGGUUCUUUUCCUUGGCCCAGCAAUGAUGCUGAGGUAAAUCCAGUUUUUCAGAGAUAACUGGUGCUAUUGCUUACUCGGCACCAGUCUAUUAAUGUACCCCUGUGGUUAAAAAUUGCUUUUCCUAAUGGAUACAAUUUCAGCACAGUUCUGCCAACGGCUAACAAAAGACAAAGACAGCUUUAAAGAUAUAUUAUUGAAUUUUAGAUUGACGCUUUCACCAAAGUUUAUUAGGAAGCUGUUGUACUGUAUGCUAGCGCAUCAGAAAUGCUGCCAAAACCAUAGAAUAGAGAAUAAAAUACUAAAUGACCGUUUUAUGAAAAGCAUCAGUAACUAUAGCUGAAUAAUCAGCACCCAGCCUCCAUUAUGGAAACAAAUGAAACUGUCUAGAUUUAACAGACUCAUUUGGAGCUGUUCUAGUUUGUUUGUUUGUUUUGUUUUUUAUUUUAUUAAAAUGUUCUGUGUUGUA